UGGCUCGAUGUGCUUUAAAUGUAGAUACAUUCCAAAGCGGUCAGGCUAAAUGGCCGUGAGAGAAGUCCAGUGGGAAGGUGCCGGCUCAAAGUCACGCUGACCGCAUGGCGAGGAGCAGAGUCACGUUCUGGGACGUUAGAGCGGUCCCAGUAUCAGGCUGACAGGGGUUCUCUCUCUCUCUGUUUUCGGAUUGAUGGACGGCUGGUGCCACAGGAGUGGGAAAGGACAGCGGGAGAGGUAGGAAAUACACACACACACCCCCGCAAGAAGUCCUGCCUGCAGCAGGAUGGGAAGCAGGAUGACAGGGGGAAGAAUCAGAGCAUCAGGAUGAACGUGUUGCCAGGAGGGGGAGCAGCACAAACUCGAUGCAACCACAACAACAGCAAACUCCCAGAGCCUCGCAGCUGCAGCAGCGGCGGGGAAGCCGGGCCGAGCAAGGACAUCACCGAAUGUGACAAGACCAACGGAGAUCACAGGGCGCCGGGCAGCGUGCACUCACCUCCUGCCAUGGACACUCCCAGCAAGGAGCAGAGAGCGGACGGCAGCGCGGCGCCGGCCAAGCUGGAGGACGAAGCGAGCCGGAGUCGCCAGCAGCAGCAGCUGAGCGGUAAAGAGCACAAUUCGCUGGGUUUUAAGGUGGAAGCGGCCGGAGCGGGGGACGACGCGAUGCUCGGCCAGGAAGGCGAGGAAUUCCCGCGGUACAGCACCAUGCAGAGUCACUUCACCGCCCUGCUCCAGCCCGGGGUGAACAAGUUCUCCCUGCGGAUGUUCGGCAGCCAGAAGGGGGUGGAGAAAGAACAGCAGCGGGUCAAAACCGCUGGCUAUUGGAUUAUCCACCCGUACAGCGAUUUUCGGUUUUAUUGGGACUUGAUAAUGCUGAUGCUAAUGGUUGGAAAUCUGAUAAUUAUUCCUGUGGGAAUCACCUUCUUCACUGAGUCAACAUCAACCAUUUGGAUUGUUUUUAAUGUGGCAUCUGACACUUUCUUCCUUUUGGACUUGAUUGUCAAUUUUAGAACGGGAAUUGUUGUGGAAGAUAAUGCCGAAAUCAUACUGGACCCAAAUGUAAUCAAGUGGAAAUACUUAAAGAGCUGGUUUAUCAUUGAUUUUGUCUCUUCUAUACCAGUGGAUUAUAUCUUCCUGAUUAUAGAAAAGGGAUUUGAUUCUGAUGUUUACAAGACUGCCAGAGCACUGAGAAUUGUGAGGUUUACAAAAAUUCUUAGUCUCUUACGAUUAUUAAGACUUUCAAGACUUAUACGAUAUAUACACCAGUGGGAGGAGAUUUUUCAUAUGACAUAUGAUUUUGCCAGUGCAGUGGUGAGAAUAUUUAAUCUCAUUGGAAUGAUGCUUCUAUUAUGCCAUUGGGAUGGUUGUCUGCAGUUUCUAGUUCCAUUACUUCAGGACUUUCCCCCUGAUUGUUGGGUGUCCCUAAAUGGUAUGGUUAAUGAUUCAUGGGGGAUGCAGUAUUCAUAUGCACUGUUCAAAGCUAUGAGCCAUAUGCUUUGCAUAGGCUAUGGAGCUCGGGCACCAGUGUCUAUGUCUGAUCUCUGGAUAACCAUGUUGAGCAUGAUAGUGGGCGCCACGUGCUAUGCAAUGUUUGUUGGCCAUGCGACAGCUCUCAUCCAGUCAUUAGAUUCAUCAAGACGACAGUACCAGGAAAAGUACAAGCAAGUGGAACAAUAUAUGUCUUUCCACAAGCUACCUGCUGAAAUGCGGCAAAAGAUUCAUGACUAUUAUGAGCACCGCUACCAAGGCAAGAUCUUUGAUGAAGACAAUAUUCUAGAAGAAUUGAAUGAUCCACUUAGGGAGGAGAUUGUCAACUUCAAUUGUCGGAAGCUGGUUGCAACAAUGCCCCUUUUUGCAAAUGCUGACCCAAGUUUUGUGACUAGCAUGCUGAGCAAACUACGCUUCGAGGUGUUUCAGCCUGGAAAUUACAUUGUUCGAGAAGGGUCAAUUGGGAAGAAGAUGUAUUUCAUUCAGCAUGGGGUGGCUACUGUUAUCACCAAAUCCAGCAAAGAAAUGAAGCUAUCAGAUGGUUCUUACUUUGGAGAAAUCUGCUUACUCACUAAAGGACGGCGUACUGCCAGUGUGAAAGCUGACACCUACUGUCGACUCUAUUCCCUCUCUGUGGACCAUUUCAAUGAAGUUCUGGAGCAGUACCCAAUGAUGCGAAGAGCGUUUGAAACUGUGGCAAUUGACAGACUGAACAGAAUUGGGAAGAAAAACUCACUCCUUCUACAUAAGGUCCAAAGAGAUCUGAACACUGGUGUUUUUGAUAAUCAAGAGACUGAACUACUCAAAAAGAUGGUAAAACAAGACCGAGAGAUGGUGCAAUUGACGGAAACACCUCUUAAUACAUCAUUCAGCAUAUUUCCUCCAUUCUCUGUCAACUCAGUCAUCAGAGCUUCUUUGCAGUCACAAGCACCAAACAUAUCUCAAUUAGAUUUUCAGCAGACUUCUUCACCAAAUUUGAAUACCAAUUCACCAUCUUCUCAGUCGUACACUAGACCGCCCCAGCUGGUUCACUCUGCAGCCAGCCAGAGUUCCCCUACGCCCAGCCCACAGGCAGUGGUGCCAUCACCGAGUUCUUUUAAUGCUGUAGUUUCCAGUCCUUCCAUUCAGAGUCCAUUGGCAAGCCGAACUUUCCAAUAUGGUUCGCCAACUGUGUCACAAAUGUCCUUGAUGCAGCAACAGCAGGCACAAACCCCAACUCAGCGGCGCGAUUCCAACAAAAGCACACAGGGUUUGCAAACAAGCAGCCUGAGCAGAGAAGCAAGACCCCUGUCAGCAUCGCAGCCCUCUCUGCCUCAUGAGGUAACACCGUUAAUUGUCAAACCGCAUCCAUCUUCAGGAGAAUCAUUAGCAGCAGUACCUGUCUCCAGUAUGCAUGGUACAGGACCUCAAGGAGGAAUCCGAAGCACUGUUCCUCAAAGAGUGGCCCUCUUCCGACACAUGUCCUCAGGAGCUCUACCACCACUUCGAGGACCACAAGUAGCCUCAACAGCCCAAAAGAGGGAGACAUCUACAGCCUUAAUUACAGAUACUAAUCAAGGAAGACCAAGAUUUCCCUCUAAUUUAUGACCCUAAUUGUUUUGGUUAGUGUCGAUUUGUUAUCGGUAUUUACUGAGAUUCUUCACCAAUGUCAGUUACAAGGUAACCCCAUCGCUCAUGAGGAUAGUCUUAUCACCGUCUGACAGAUUGGACACUGCUGUCCUCGAUUACAUGCACAGCUCAACGAAUGUAAAAUACGACGGAAUAAAAAAAAUUAUAAAUCAUAAUUUUCAGAGUUCUAAUUAGUACAUCACCAGUCUUCCUCCCCCAAGGAUUUUGGACAUGUUGAAUUGUUUUAUAAAUACUUGUAAAGUAAGAGCAAUGUAAUAAUAACUCAUCAACAAUGCAUAUCCAGUUCAGGACUGAGUUUUUAAAAGUGUAUCAAUGCUGCUCCAUAUAGCAUCACCUACAACAUUCAGUGUUUCUUGCUUGAGAACUACUCAUCAAGAUAUUGUGUUAUUUAUCAACAAAGCAUGGAACAUCUAAUAUAUUUUGUAAUGAACUUUCAAUCAAUAAUCCUGUAAAUUAUGUUCCAGUAUUAUUCUGGGUGAUAUUUCUGCAUGUUCAUAGAUGGACUAAGGACCAAUUUUAAAAAAAAGAAUCUGACGUCUCUUCAAAAAUAGACAAGACAUUCCUUGUUUCAGCUUCAAUGUUAAAUGUAUGCCUCAUUUUAAUGGAUUUCGCUAAAGAACAUUUACUUAUGACAUGCAAAUGGACAAACAAAUGCAUCCAUGUCUUCAAUGUUAGUAUAAAUACAAAUUUGCUUGUUGUGAUAACUCGGAAGUUAUCAUUCAUACCUUUUUUUCCUUCUUUGUUUCAUUAUUUCCUGUGAAGUUUUGAUGAAAUGAAUAAUUUGUAGAUCAGGAAGGUAGUUUAAAAAGAAUACUAUCAUAGGCAUGGCAUCAGUUGAUGCCUGUGAAUACAGUGCUGUGCAAUUUUAUUAUUGCAAUGUCUUAUUUCAUUAAAGCAUUAUUUUUAUGGGUUAGAUAACACCUACCAAUCAGAUCAAACAGAUCUUUUUCCUUUAAUUUGUUUCUUUGUUUUUAUAUAUUUAUUAACAGUAUCUUGUUUGCUUAAAAUUUGUAGUUCAUAUGUGUUGAUUUUAGAAAACAACAUUUUUUCUUGUAUGAUGUCACAAUACAUCAUUAGAGAUGCAUUCAAAGCCAUACUCUCAAAUAAUUCAAUUGGUAUUUUAAACUCCUUAAUAAAUGCACAUGGUUUGUAAAAUAUUUCUACUUUUUGUUUCUAUAAACAUAACUUUGAAACUUUUUUUUAAAAUAUGGAGUCUGUGGUCUUAAUACUGGUUGAAAAUUUAUGGAAAGCAUCAGUGUGAUUUGAUUUUGUGUCAAAAUUUCAACAGUUCUGAAUGAGUGAUCAGGCGAAACAUGAUGGUCACGUUCAUCUCUUUCAAUGCGGCUACAGUGUUUUUCAAAUAGCUUUUCAUCAUUCCACUUAUGUAUAAUUAUGUUGAAAUAAUGAUGCAACAGACUGAAAAUGUUGAUUAAUUCAAUCACUUUGAUGCAAUAGAGAAUAUGGCUUUAACAUCAAGGUAUGAUUAUCAUGUGCAGCACAAAUAGCUACAUAUUUUUGAAAUACAAAAUAAUGAUUAUUCACAUAGGAAUUAGGUGGAACAAAUAAAGGAAAAGGAUUAUUUAAGUAGAAAAUUGUGUUUGUGGAGUUCCUUUUUGUGUUUCUAUGUUUCUAUGUUUUCACUUUUUUUUCUCUCCUUUGUAUUUAUUUCACAAGGAUUGUCAUUGUGAAGGAUAUUCUUAUGCUAUUGUGUGCCUAAAAGGUGGUCACUUUAUCUAUGUAUGUAUGCAAAGGAAAGUUAAGUUUUUUUCUGAAAUGUCUGUCUUCAUAAUUUCAGAGAAAGUUAUUAGAAAUCCAGAAAGCCAUAUGAACUGAUAAAACCAUCCAUGUUGUAGUUACAAAAUCAGGUUUAUGCUCAUUACAGAUGGCACAAAUUGAAGUAUAAAUAAAUAUUUAUGCACAAAUUGACUAAGAUUGACUAGGAUUAUCAUAAUGUAAAAUAUAAAAGACACAUAUAUAUAUAGAUAUCCUGAAUUCCCGGUGGUGACACCAUGACCUCUAAUAGUUCAUCUUUGUAUAUAUCUGUGUUAAGAUAUGAUAAUGCUGUACUAUUUCACAGUAGUUCUCAUGUUCAUUAACUCCAUGUGGCAAAACAGCGAAUGUUUGGAUAAUGGUGCUAUUGAGAGAAACAUUGAAUGUAACAUUCUUGUUGAAAGACAACAUAGUGGAUAAGCUAAAUUAUUUUUUUGCUGUCUUUGCUUGUAAUGAAACUUUAAUGAACAUA